GCAGCGGCAGCGGCGGUUCAGUUCAGCUCAGUUCAGUCCCGCCCAGGAUCAGCCCUCCCCGGUCAGCGCGGGACUCAGCCUCGGUAGCGAGCAGCUGAUCUGCUGGAUCUGAUCUGCUGGAUCUGAUCUGCUGGUUCUGAUCUGCUGGAUCUGAUCUGCUGGUUCUGAUCUGGAUGGUGGUGGAUCUUCUGGUCUGAGCGGAUCUGGGACGCAGGGAGGAGGAAUACGCAUGCUGGGCUUUAACCAGGAGGGAAUACCGCACAGGUGGUGGGUGGACGUCACGCCUCACUGUAAAUCACCUGAACGCUAUCUCCGUGCCCUGCUGUAGCCACGGCAACCCAGCUGCCUCCAGAGCUCAUCUUCAGCGGUGGUAAAGCGCUGCUUUAAGAGCAGAAUCCGUCUGGAAAGGUGCCACACCUGUACAGGAGCCUGUAGAAUCAGGGCAGAACGAGGGAUACAAGACGCCGGUGAAGGAGGAAGAGAAGAAGAAGAGAAGGGAUUGGGUGAUAUCUUCUACAGUCUGCUGACAGAAGAGACAGAGCGAGAGAAAGAGAGAGAGAGAGAGAGAGAGAGAGAGAGAGAGAGGCCGGAGAGCCGGAGAGAACCGGUGAAGCGAUGUGACAGCUGGUAUCUUCCAGCAGAACGCCGGAUAUGAUGGACAUCAGGAUCAGCAGGCAGUGAAUCUCCUCUCUUAUCAGGUACAGAAACGAUGGUCCCGGUUCUGUUUUUGGUAGCCACAACGCUAUCAAAUACCUCCCACAACAUCCCAAACAGCACAAACGACUCCAGCUUAUUCCCCAGCUCUCACAUCCUCCUGCCCACACUGCUGGUGCUCUCACUACUACUGCUCAUCAUCACCCUGCUCACCUGCUACUGCCUCAGGUUCAAAAACCAGAGAAAAGCCGACAUCACCACAGUAGACAAGAAGAUACCAAAUGGCAUCCUGGAGGAACAAGAACAGACGGUGGUCCUGCUGCCUAGAUCCCCCUCCACAUCCAAAACAUACCUCCCCAUUCCUGUAGACAACCUGGAGGAUGAGUACCGGAUCCGAUCAGCUGAUGAUGGGAAGCUCUUCAGAGAACAGUAUAAUUCGUUACCCGGAGGAAAUCCUCAGGGAACGUACGAGGAGGCGAACAGAGAAGAAAACAGAGACAAGAACAGAUAUCCCAAUAUCCUCCCAUAUGAUCAUUCCAGAGUGCUGCUGACACAGAUAGACGGCGUUCCUCACUCAGAUUACGUAAACGCUUCAUACAUAGACGGCUAUAAAGACAAAAACAAGUUCAUCGCAGCACAAGGACCAAAGCAGGAGACGGUAUCUGAUUUCUGGAGGAUGAUCUGGGAGCAGAAAUCUGCCACUAUUGUGAUGCUCACCAACCUGAAGGAGAGGAAAGAGGAUAAGUGUUAUCAGUACUGGCCGGAUCAGGGCUGCUGGACGUAUGGUAAUGUGCGGGUGGCGGUGGAGGAUUUCACUGUGCUGGUGGAUUACACCAUUCGCAAGUUCUGUAUUCAGUAUCAGGCCAGUGACGGCUCUAAAACCCCUCGGCUGGUGACUCAGCUCCACUUCACCAGCUGGCCGGACUUCGGCGUGCCCUUCUCCCCCAUCGGCAUGCUCAAGUUCCUCAAGAAGGUCAAACAGGUGAACCCGUCGUACGCUGGACCCAUCGUGGUGCACUGCAGCGCCGGGGUCGGGAGGACAGGUACAUUUAUAGUAAUCGAUGGGAUGAUUGAUAUGAUGCACGAGGAGCAGAAGGUGGACGUGUUUGGAUUCGUGUCGAAAAUCCGAGACCAGCGAUCACAGCUCAUACAGACAGACAUGCAGUACUCGUUUAUCUACCAGGCUCUGCUGGAGUACUUCCUCUAUGGGGACACUGAACUGGACGUGUCCUCUUUGGAGGGACACCUGCACAAACUGCACAACACCUGUGCUCCACAGGACCGCCUCGGACUGGAGGAGGAGUUUAAGAAACUGACAAACAUGCGGAUUAUGAAGGAAAACAUGAGGACAGGCAACCUGCCGGCGAACAUGAAGAAGAACCGAGUGCUCCAGAUCAUUCCAUACGACUUUAACAGAGUGAUCCUGUCGAUGAGGAGGGGUCAGGAAUUCACAGACUACAUUAAUGCAUCUUUCAUUGAUGGCUACAGGCAGAAGGACUAUUUUAUAGCCACUCAGGGUCCUCUGUCCCACACUGUGGAGGAUUUCUGGAGGAUGGUGUGGGAGUGGAAGUGCCACUCGAUAGUGAUGCUGACAGAACUGCAGGAGAGGGAACAGGAUAAAUGUUUUCAGUACUGGCCGACAGAAGACUCGGUGAAGUACGGAGAUUAUUCAGUAGAGAUUAAAGCAGAUACUCAGUGUGACGAGACCUUCAGCCUCAGAGAUCUGGUACUCACGCACCAACCUGAAAAGGAAACGCGUUUGGUCCGGCACUUUCACUUCCACGGCUGGCCAGAGAUCGGCAUUCCAGCAGAGGGGAAGGGAAUGAUCGACAUCAUUGCCGCCGUGCAGAAACAGCAGCAGCAAUCUGGCAACCACCCCAUCGUAGUGCACUGCAGCGCGGGGGCGGGGCGGACCGGUACGUUUAUAGCUCUCAGUAAUAUUCUGGAGCGAGUGAAAGCUGAGGGGCUGCUGGACGUGUUUCAGACGGUGAAGAGUUUGCGGAUGCAGCGGCCGCACAUGGUGCAGACUGUGGAACAGUAUGAUUUCUGCUACAGAGUGGUACAAGACUUUGUUGAUAUUUUCUCAGACUAUGCCAAUUUUAAAUGAUGAAUUUGCCUUAACGUUUCUGUUCAGUGUUUUUUUAUAUACCAGUUGAUCAGGAUUGUUUCCUUUAACUGGAUAAAUUAGCUUCUAUUUUGCUAUGCACUCGACCUGUUAGAGAUCAUAUCUAUCUGUAAUAUAAAGUCGUACAGUAAACUAAAGCUACAGAAUGGGUUUAAAAACUGUAAUAUGAUGAAAGAAGGCCAUAUUUACAUGAACUCUUUCAGUUAUGGUCUUAAAUCGUGUCUUAAGUCUCAUCACAUCAUUCCAGAUUUCAGAUUGUUUGAUUCUUUGUUUGGCCUUGUUGUUUUUUAACCUGUUUUUUUUUUUUUUUUUUUUUUUUCUUUUUUUUAAUCUGGUUUUUACCAAUGUAACAGGUUGUUUUUUAACCCGUGUAAAGUUUGUAAAGCUGUAGGUAUUGUAAAUGUAUUUAUGUAAUGUUGCUGACAGUCCAUUCUCACAUUUUAAGACUUAUGUUAAUGUUAAUGAUUUUAUUUAUUCAGAUUUGUCAAACAUAUUAUUAGUGUUGUGUUUAAUUUUGUUUUUUUUCUCUCUUUUUUUUUUACCUGAAAAUCUAUUAAAUGCAACCAUUUCGGCAAAAACCAUUUAAAACUCAGCGAACGAAGAAAGAAACUAAGAUUUUAUAUUAAAAUAAACUCGAGUGGAUAAAGCACUCAGUCAGACAGACCUGUUUCCAUCUGAUCUCCACAAGCAGAACCUUCAGUACCGUGUUCUGAACCGGUUCUACCUGCUAGCGGUUCUACCUGCUAACGGUUCUACCUGCUAGCGGUUCUACCUGCUAGCGGUUCUACCUGUUAACGGUUCUACCUGCUAGCGGUUCUACCUGUUAACGGUUCUACCUGCUAGCGGUUCUACCUGUUCAUAGUUCUACCUGCUAGCGGUUCUACCUGUUAAUAGUUCUACCUGCUAGCGGUUCUACCUGUUAACGGUUCUACCUGCUAGUGGUUCUACCUG